AUGAACCAAAAAGCAAUAGUUUGUUCCAUAAUCCUUGCUGUUUUUGUUGGACACGGAACAGCGCAACGUAAUCCAUGCCAGGGUAUGGCCGAAGGUGUAUUUGUUAACGAUUUUUCGAGUUGCGAAGGAUACUACCUCUGCCAGAGUGAGCAACCCACGCCGGCCCAAUGUCCACCGGGAUUCUACUUCAACGAGGCGCAGCAACUGUGUGAUUUUCCACAAAACGUGUUCUGUCACGUUUGUAACCAACAAACUGGCGUGCAGCUGUUCCCGCACCCAACGUUUUGCGAGCAGUUCAUCACCUGCUCGAAUGGAAUCUCGUUCAUAGGUGCCUGCAAUCAGGGCGAACUGUUCGAUGCGGAAUUGCAGGCGUGCAAGAACGAGGCGCGAGUCGAUUGCAGCCGUAUGCGUUGCCCAGCGAUCGACAACCCCAACGUAGUGGUUUUCAUCCCCGGUAUCCAGUCCUGCGACGAAUACUUCCUGUGUCAGGGUGGUACCCCAAUUCAGCGAUUCUGCUCUCCUGGAUUGCACUGGAAUCGGCUUACCGAGCGUUGUGACUUCCCAGAGUCUGCUAAUUGCCCGUGA